GACGGGGCCGGGGCAAAGGUAACGGGAUUGUCGCCCUGGAGUCUCUCAACCCCGGCACCGUCUCCCCGGAGUGUCCGAGCCGCCGGCACCGUCUCCCCGGACAAUGGCCGCCAGGCUGCAGCUCAUCCGCCGGCAUCUGCACCCAGACCUUAAACUCUCUCCUACCUCUGCGGAAGGAACUUCAACUUUCUCUCCAGGAACUUUCCGCUACACUGUGGACAAUAGUUGCCUGACCCCGGACCAGAGGCAGUUCUAUGAGGAAAACGGAUUCCUUCACGUUAAGAAGUUGGUUUCUGAUGAACAUCUGGAGAUUUUCAGAGAGGAGUUUGGAAGGAUCUGUCGUAAGGAAGUUCUGGUCCCAGGAUUAACGGUGAUGAGGGAUGUGGGCAUCGCAAAGACGGAGUAUGUUCCCGGUCAACAGGCUGUGUCCAAGAUCCAAGAUUUCCAAAGCAAUGAGAUACUUUUUGAGUAUUGUUGCCUACCAGAGAUCUUGAAGUACGUGGAGUGUUUUACCGGCCCUGAUAUAAUGGCGAUGCACACUAUGCUCAUCAACAAGCCUCCCGACUCUGGCAUGAAGACAUCACGCCAUCCAUUGCAUCAGGACCUGCAUUAUUUCCCGUUCCGGCCGGCGGAGCAGAUCGUGUGCGCGUGGACGGCCAUGGAGAGGGUUCACCGCGACAACGGGUGCCUGGUGGUGCUGCCGGGGACACACGUGGGCAGCCUGAGGCCACACGUCUACCCCGACUGGCCCGGCGGCGUCAAUAAGAUGUACCACGGUAUCCACGGUUACGACCCCAGUCACCGCCGGCUCCACCUGGAGAUGGACAAGGGCGACACUGUCUUCUUCCACCCCAUCCUCAUCCACGGCUCAGGGACCAACGUGACCAGCGGCUUCCGGAAGGCGAUAUCCUGCCACUACGCCAGUGCGGACUGCAGCUACAUCGACGUUAAGAACACCAGCCAGGAGAACAUCGAAGAAGAGGUUCUCGAAAUAGGGCGCAGGAAAUAUGGCAUUAGCAAAGACACGCCUUUGGCAGAUAUCUGGCGUUUCAAGGGUCGUCUUGUACAAGGAGAGAGAACCAACCUGUGACCUUGUUCUGGGGAUGGAAACUGUACACUGGCAGUGCAUGUAUUUUACACUCUUUCCAGUGACUAACUCAGUACUUUUCUUUGCAAAUAAUAAUCUACAUUCAAUGUA